GCUGAGUCCGCUUCAGUCAGCAUGUGCGUCCCUCGAGUGCAGGUGGUUCAGUUGGAGUGACGGAGUGGCUUUUAGCUUCAACCAGUGAGUUCCACAUCAAUUCAUCCAGCACAUGACUCACAAUCGUUCAUUGGAGUCAUCCUGGGUUGUUUUCCGUUUGUACUUUUGGGCGGUAGGUUUGACCGUUGCGUUGCAACAUAACGCUGUGCAAAGACAAAAGGUGCUCAAGUGGACUCUUCUGUCCAAAAUAAAUCCUUUAUGAGGGUGAAAAGUGGUCAUAAAAUCCGUUAAUUAACACCCCCCAAUUAGUGACAAUAAAAACAGUGAUUUUGUGAACUUUUGUGCAGUUUAAUUUGAAGGAACAUUACCAUCCAAUCACAAUUGAAAUCCUCUUGGAGUCGUGAAGGAAUUUUCACUGGUCAGCCAAGAUGAGCAAUUCGUCCAAAACAUCAAAAUCCUCCACACCGAGGGAGUCCAAGGAAUCCAAAGAUGAGAUGGAAGUUAAAGUUGAGGAUCUUCCAAUGGUUUUUAAGGUAAAGUACCUCGGAAAGCAGAAGGGAAAUGGACUGUGGGGCAUUAAGCACACCCGGAAGCCAGUUGAUAAAAUGGUGGCGGCUGCAAAGGAAAUGGCUCCAGGAAAAGUUCUACCAAUUUGCAAUCUAACCGUAACACUGGACGCCAUAAUUCUCGAGACGAUUCCCAAUAAAAUAACAGAAUACAGAAAAUGGGUUCACAAUGUGGAUACGAUAUCGUAUGGGGUGCAAGAUAUAGUUUAUUCACGAGUAUUCUCCAUUAUUCUUGUUAAUGAGGAAUCCGUGAGGAGCCCCUUUGAAGUGGAGGCUUUCGUUUGUGACAGUCGAGCCAUGGCCAGGAAGCUCACUUUUGCCCUAGCUGCUGCAUUUCAGGACUACUCAAGACGAUUGCAGGAAACUGAAGCAGAGGAGAAGGAUACCGGCAAGACGGCAGUUCGAAAGAAGUUUGCCAUAGAUUUACGGACAGCUGAGGAAAUGGCAUCAGAUCUUCAGGAGCAAGAGACGGAUGCUUAAGAGAACAUGGAAACACUAAAUGAGAGGAAGAUUAAACCAAAAUACCGCCGUGAGAACCAAAAAUGAAGGAAUUACGGCAAAAUGAAACCAUACAGAAUCAUUCCAGGACGUGUGUUGUACAUAAAUUUAUUUGUAAUUUUAUGUUUUACAUAGUGCAGCAUCUCCAUCUUAUUUUUUUUAAUUGUAAUUUGUGAUUAUCUUGCGUGCAAAGAACUAGUCUCUAAAUAUUAAUAAUUUUGGUGGCACUUUGUAGAUGCGAAAAUGUAGGUAAUGCUACUUUUUGAAUUUAUAAAAAUUGCGUAUAAAAUAAAUGGCGUGUAUGAUGUAAGAGAAAAA